AUGACAACGGGAGCGUAUCCUGAGUCAACGGACAUUCUAGAUACGACUGUAGAUUCCAGUCCGAAGAUGACAAAUACACAACAGACACCAACAAGCUCUUAUGUUAAGAGGACAACUUCAAGCACUGAAAUUGAGAGCACUUUGAAAUAUAAUACGACAUCGGAAACUAGUACUGGAACGGCGAAUACCCAGAUGACAACAUCAGGCACUGUUAUCGGAAGUGCCAAAACCGAAAUUACAAACUCUGGCUUUCAUACUGGCUCAACGGAUAAUCAAUCCAUAAUAACUGGUUCUGACACUGGGUCUACGCUCACUCAAAGAAUAACAACAUUCCCUGGUACUGAAUCAACAGAUAUUAAGUUGUCAACGACAUUCUUCGGUACUGGAUCCACGGAAACGCAAAGUUCCCCAACAACCUCUAGAUCUGUGUCGAUGGAAACACAUGAGACGACAGCACAUUUUGGUACUAGUUCAAAGGAUGCGCAAAAAACGACAGCAAGUUCUGCUAAUGAAUCCAAGGACUCUCAAGAGACAACAACAAUGUAUGGGAAUGGAACCACGGACACGCAAACUCCGACAAUAAGUCGUAACUUUGGGUCUACAGACACGUAUGAGACUGCAAUAACCUCUAUUGACGGGACAACUGACACGCUUAAGACAACAUUAGACGACGGCAAUGGAACGAUGGACACGCAAGACACGUCAGUAGGAUUUGGUACCAAUAUGACUUAUACACAGCAGACCAAAACAGACUCUUAUCGUAAUGGGACAACUUCAAGUACUGAAAUUGAGAGCACCAUCAAUCACAAUACAACAUCAGAAACUAGUACUGGAACGGAAAGAACUCAAAUGACUGCAUCAGCACCUGAUAUUGGGAGCACGACUUAUCAACCAUCAACAUCAGGUACGACAGCAGUCACUGGCACUAGGUCAGCGGGUACGCUUGAGUGGAAAACAACCUCUAGCGGGGGGUCAACAUACAUGAAUGAGACUGCCUCGGGUUCAAAUACUGGGUCAUCGAAUACUCGUAUGACAACAACUGUAUCCGGUGUUGGGUCAACAAAUACCCUCGAGUUGACAACAGUUUCUGGCACCGUUUCAUCAAAUUAUCGAACAGCCACAACAACCAUGACCACUGGAUUGGCGGUUAUGAAUGAGACAACAGCAAGUUACGAUACCGUUUCAACCAAUAGGCAGAAAACAAUUACAUAUUCUGAUAUUGGGUCAAUUGGUACAACAGAGAAUCCAACAAGUAUUGAAUCAACGAAUACUCAAAAGACGACACCAGUAUCUGGUACUAACACGGAAAAUACUACAACUGGGGCAGGCACCAGGUCUCUGAUUACUCAAAGGACGACAACAGGCUCGGGUAAAGGGUACUCGACAACCCACAGGACAAGCUCGGAGAGUGUUAAUGAAUCUAUGAAUACUGAAUUUUCAAUCUCAGGCUCUGGUACUGGAAGCUUGAGCAUUACAAACACGACAUCGGCUAACAAUGACGGUAGCACUGUUAUUCAAAGGACAACCUCAAGCGCGGCGGACAUUCUGAGCAGCAGCAAUCAGGUUACAAGAUCAAUAUUUAGUACAUUGCCGUCAAGUACUCAAUUUAAAACACCCGGGGCUGAUAUUGGGAGCACAUUUAUUCAAGGGACGACAUCAGGAACUGAUACUGGGGGAUCUCGCCAGUCCACGCCUGGAAGUGUUGAGUUGACCACAAAUUCUCAAAGCAGAAUAUCAAGUUCUGGUACUGGGAGUACCGUGAAUCAAAACACAACAUCCGCUGUUGAUACUGAAAAGACAACUUCGGGUAUCCUUUACGGGAGUACAAGUAAACCGAAUACGACCUCAGUCACUGAUACUGCUUUCACGAACACUCAGAAGACAACGCCAGGAGUUAUCACUAAGAUCACGAGUACGCGAGCUACAACAUCAAGCUCUGGUAGUGGGAGACCGAAUACCGAGAGUGCGACAUCAAGUACUGGCACAGGGAACACCGUCAAUCAAAAUACAUCAUCAAGUAUAACCGGUCGAGAGACCACAAAUUCUCAGAAGGAAAUUUCGUUUACUAGGGGCACGAUUACCAAACAUACGGGUUCUGGUACAAGCACUAUUACUCAUGUUCCGACAUCUACAACUUCUGUUUCAAUACCCAUGACACCAUUUGAGCGCAAAAUUUUGGAGCUGCAUAACCGAAAACGCACACUUGCAGGGGUGGGAACUUACUCAUGGGACGAUCAAUUAGAGAAACGUGCCAGAAAAUGGUUGCCAACGAUUUGCUCUUCGGUUAGUUUUAUGAGCAACGACGCAACGCAAAACUGGUUCUUUUUACCUGGACUAUCAGUCGGUAAUCAGAGUAGAAAUCAUAUAACUGAGCAGUUGUUUUUUGAGAACUACGAUGAAGCCAAAACUACUUUCGAAUUUGCCGACGAUACAACUCGUGAUAUUGCUGGCUGCUACAACAGACAACAGCGGAAAAACAAUACACUGAUGUCCAAAGUGUAUUUCAUGCGAAAUAUAUUUUUUAAACAGUUCUCCAAGUUAGGAUGUGCUUAUCAUGAGUGUCCAAAUAAGGCGCCUGUGAUUGGGUGUCAAUAUCAAAUCAACAAAACCGACAGUCAAAUGUUCUCAAAUUACAACUUUUUGAGAAUGUGCGAAGCGGAACCGGACUGGAAAAGUUGCAAUGUCGGUCUAAAUAAUCAGUGUGAUAAUGCAUGGGCUAAUCCAACACCACCCCCGUUGCAUCCCUUUAGAAAUACCAUAACGGAACUGUUGAAUGAGAAAAGACGUUUGGCAGGAGUUGGUCUCUACUUUUGGGACCUUGCAAUGCAACAGUAUGCUCAAAGUGUUCUAAUGGCUGCAUGCAAUCAGACGUUCUACCAAAGCAACUACAUGAUCCUAAGCUACAAGACUCCUCAAGGUCAAGUUUUAGACAUAGAGGACAUGGUUAGAUCGAGUUUCAACAUGCAGUAUGAAAAAGCAGUGAACACUUUUGAGUUUGAAGGAGAUCGAUCGAAUGAUAUUUCAGGCUGUUUCAGUCCCCAAGAAUUGACUACUCAAAGUGUAAUCAGAUCGAUCGACUUCGUGCGAAAUGUGUUUUUCUAUUGCUUUCAAAAACUUGGCUGCGCCAUGACCCAAUGUCCGAAAGGCUCUCCCAUAAGCCAAACUGACGUCUACGUCAUGGCUUGCAUGUUUGAGCCUUACGCCACUAGUGACCAGCUGUUUCAUAACCAGAACUUUCUCCGGAUGUGUUCGGCAGAACCUAACAUGUGGCAAAGUUGUGACCCAGAUUUGGACGCCAAGUGUCAAGCAGCAUCUUGGUUACCCUGCAUUCCAGGAGACGAAUUGUGCGCAUACAAGGUGCUGAUGGAGCUUCUGAAGCAGUUUCCGUCUUCAACUACAUUGGCUGUAAACGAGCCAGGGGCCAAUCCAGAUCACGUGACUGGUUCGGCACACCUGAAAAAAACUAAUCGUGGCGCCAUAUUAGUAUCUGUUAUGGCCAUCGCUAUUUUCAUUUGGCCACAGCAAAAAAGCAGUCUAAGGAUGGAAAUUGUUUUACGGUAAUCAUAACUCACAAACUUGUUACCAUUGCUGAUCAGAAAAGUGCGUUUAAAAAAGAUCGCAAGUCAUAAAAAAUUGUGAUACAGUCUCAACAAGGAAUAUCAGUUGAAAAUGUAUACUUGAUGUGAAUAAAAAAGGUUGAUUUAUACCUAUAUUCUGAUAUUUAAUCUUGUGAUUUAAAAGUGAGUGCGAAA